ACAUCACAGACAAAACCCUACUGCCAGAGUGGGUUGCAGCGCAGUACGAGAGUGUGUGAUAUUUUCUUUCUCUAUACAAUUGUGUCAAAUGGACAACUUUUACCUGCUGCUGGCUCGCCACAUAAUGUCCAAGUGAAAAAUCUCCGCCUUUUUCCCGUUCCUUGGAGGAGGAAAAACAGGUUAGGGCUUAGGGUGGUCGGGUUCCCGUUAGGGUGAACACAGUGCGCGGGGGGUCAAAGCUGAUCUGGAAAGUUUUUUUUUUUCGCUGCCCGAACUCAUUUGGGUGGAGCAGGAAAAGUGCCCGAGGGCAGCUGGAAAAGCGGAAGAAGGUAGCGAUCGAGUAGUUGGGCGUGAGGAGGCUAGUUGGGAAGCGCUGCGAGGAUGGGUGCCCUGGCCAGCAGGCAGAAUGCAGCCGUCGAGGAGGCGGACGUCAGUGCGAACCAUCAGUACAAGUAUCCACCACGGUCGGGAAACUACUUUGGAACGCAUUUUAUCAUGGGAGGCGAGCGGUUCGACACUCCUCAGCCGGAAGCGUAUCUAUUCGGGGAGAACGCUGAUCUGAACUUUCUUGGCUGCAAACCAACCCCAUUCCCGUACCCCCCGCCGCAGGCCACCGAACCGACCAAGACGCUCAAGAGCUUGGUGAACAUCCGCAAGGAGUCGGUCCGGUUCGUGAAGGCCUCGGACUGUGCGGCCAAGAUCCACGGCGAUGGCACGACCAAACCGGCCCUGUACAACAUUGAGUUUGUGUUCGACGCGGACUCGAUGUGCGCCAUCACGAUCUACCACGUUUGCAUCGAGGACAUCGGUGCCACCGGGGUCAGCUACAUCCCGCGGGACUCGUCCCUGUCGUCGGAGACAUUCCACUUUAAGCGGGGCGUCGGCCAGGUCUUUUCCGCUCCGUCGCACAUCUUCAACCCGGCGCUGUUUUCCGAGGACGAUCUGUCGUACAACUGCGAGAAGGACACAUUCCCGGUGGUGAUCCACUGUGUGGUCGAGGAGGGCGCGGAAGAGUGCCGCCAGAGUCACACGACCAUCUGCGUCGUGGACCACCACUCGGACGGAACGUACGCGCUGCGGGCGUUGAAGCAGAAGAUCUUUGUCGACGGGUUGUGCUACCUGCUGCAGGAGAUUUACGGCAUCGAGAACAAGCUGGUGAGCAAACCGAUCGGGGACGAGGACACGGACGAUAAUGGGAGCGAGUGCGUCAUCUGCAUGUGCGACACCCGGGACACGUUGAUCUUGCCGUGUCGCCAUCUGUGUCUGUGCAAUUCGUGCGCGGAUUCGCUGCGCUACCAGGCCAACAACUGCCCGAUAUGCCGGGCUCCGUUCCGGGCGCUGCUGCAGAUCAGGGCCGUGCAGAAGGCGGUCGCCGGGGCGAACGCGACCCCGGCCGCGGUAGCCGGCGCCGCCCAGAGUCCACAGGAUAGCACGGAUAACAUUCCAUCGGGAUAUAUUCCCGUGUCACUGAUUGAAGCCCUUAACGGACCGAUUACGAUAACCAAGCAAGUGGACAACACCGGGUCGACCGAGAACACCACCGACAGCACUCAAACUAAUCAGAAAUCAUCGGACAAGACGGACAAAAAGGACCAAGAGACCAUGGGAUCACGCGAGAAGCUCAACCAGAACGCCGUAGACUUCCGCAUGUCGGUCUUGCUAUCGAAAGAGGACGGAUCGGUGGCAUGCGUCACGAAGGAACUGCUGACCAAGCACUCUCCGCUGAUGCAACGGGCUCCGGUCAGCCGCGACAAGAAUCCCCGUGAAAAGGGAGGCCUCCGUAUUCAGUCCAGCCAACAUGUUGCUGCCGCGGCUCCGACUGCGAAGGAAGCAAACGCUACGACCCCGCUAGAUCGUGAAUCGGUCCAGCUGGUCAACGAGCGUUCCAAGCUGCCCAACCUGACCGAACUGGACGACGACAGCGAGGCGGAGAAGUUGUCACCGCUGUUGCAAAAGUCCGAUCCGGACGGUGCCGAGCAGACCUGUGAUACGUACGAGAAGAUGCCCAACAUUGAAAACGUCGACUCGCGGAGCCAAAAGUCGGUCGCAGCGCUCGCAGCUGCCGAAGACUCGGAUUACUACACCCCGGAAGAUCCGCACACCACGAUCCUCAGCCCGCUGAAGGACGCCACCGAGGAAAAGCCGGACGGAGCCAAGAAGCUGUCCACGCCGUUGACCGUGCUGAAGGAGGCCUCGCAAAGCUCGCUGCCGGACAGUCCCAUCAGCGGCAACUCGCACACUUCCACGCGCAGCUCCGGCGACAGCUACUCGUCCAGCUCGAGCACGCGCCAGCUGCUGUCCUCGGUGACGGCCAACGAUACGCCCACCCACGUCACGGUCAACGUGGACGCGUCCGCCGAGGGGCUGGUCAAGCACGAGAUCAAGAUCGACUCCGGCAAGCUGGACUGCAUCGACAGUGAUUGAGCCUACAUUCGGGGGCGGAUGCUGAAGGCCGUUUUCCCCUCACGAUAGAACAAACAACAAACGCAUUUCAACAAACUGAAAACUAUAAAAAUACUUUUACUUCGCAGCAGCAGUAAGCAAAGCACUAGAGAACAAAUUUGUGUGCGGUACAAUAACUACCCCAAAUUAGCAUGUGUGUCCCACAUCCUUUAUCCUUCCCGUUUUCCUAGUUGGAAACAGUUUACGUUUGAGUUUUAACAUUAGGUUUUUAUUAUUGACAAAAUAUCACUUAAACACAUUUAUCGAAAAUAAAUUCGUUUUAAUCAUA